CCGUGUCAUUGACACAGGCACGCACUCCCGCCAGUCCGCCAGUACAGCACGCUCGUGUUAUCUUCCAACAGAACAACACAACCCACAGUCAUGAAACAGUUAAUUGGAUUAUGUGUGCUCCUUGCCUUCUUCGGUUCCAGCUCUGCCAGGAACUGCACGGGGGUCCCAGAUGGUAUAUACGAGAAGAACUGUAAAUCAUACGCCUUGUGCACAAACAGUGUCUAUAGCAUCGUAGAGUGUGCUAUUGGCAGUGUCUUCAAUAGUGCAACGAACAAAUGUGACAACGCCACCAUUGUCCCUCCACCAUGCGGUGUGUUAAAGGACUGCACCGGAAAGGACGACGGAAAUUACGCAGACACCGUCGAGCACUGUUCAACAUUUUACACCUGCGCAAAGAGUAAAUUUUUAGCACACACCAUCUGUCCCGGAGGCACCGUUUUCAAUCCUACGGUACAAACUUGUGACUGGCCAGCCAAUGUAGACCCACCAUGUGGAACCAAAGGGCAAGCACCAUAAAUGCCAGUGUGAAACGCGUCAUCUGUCCAUGUUUUAAAGUAUUAAAUGUUUCAGUAUU